AUGUGGUGCUAUUCUCACUUUUUAUUAAUUUUUGUUUCCUUCGUGACUUCUUUUGCACAUAAGCUCCCAGCUAAUAACUCAACGACUAAUGGAGGUACCGACGGAAUAGCUGUACCAGUUAUAGAAACUACUAUUGAUUCAGGGAUGUAUUCUGAGAACGGUACUGAUUUGAUGACACCCGAAGAUCUUCCUGAUUUGCUAUCAGAUGGUAUAGUAUUAUCUUUUGCUAAUACUACAGAAACGGGCUCGGAUUCGGACUCCACGUUAAUUGACAGUGAAGAUCUUCGGAGAUGUAUAGAUAUGCCGGACCGCUCAUGCUCUGCUCAACGAGGCAAUUUGUGUUCAUACAGUUUUUGGGAUAUUCCUUUCAGUUUCUUGAAUACAGUCCAUGAUAUAUUCGGCAUGACUAAUAUGGGUAAUUGCGCAGUUAUGGCUGGUGAUAAGGGUGCUUUUUAUUAUAAAUACUAUCCUGUUGAACCUAACUGCAAUUCAACUAUACACCAAAAGACGAUUGACGAUGCUUUACAACAAGCAACUGAACAACUGAAUGGUGACUUUAACAACAUGUAUUUUUUCCAUGUCAACCGUGGUGGAUUGUGGCAGGGUGAUAUGAUGGUUGGAACUCGCGUCUUUACCUGGUUUGCUGGCGCCAAGUGGGCUGAACAUAAAGGUUCCAUAGAGGCAGGUUUCACCUCGUAG